AGUUCAGUUCAAUAUGAUGACAGUAGUAUUUUAAGUUCACGAACAAUUACCUCAAUCGAAAUGAUUUGGUGCGUUUUACUCUUGUUUUCAUCAAUUGUGUACCCAGUUGAAAACGCGAAUAUUCUUUUCAUAACCACCUUUCCUUCAUAUAGUCACCAAAUUGUGUUCCAGCCAGUUUGGAAGGAGCUUUCUCUGAGAGGUCACAAUGUGACUGCAUUAGCUUUGAAUCCUUUAAAUGACAAAUCUCUUACCAACCUAACGGAGAUAGAUCUGAGUUAUUUAUUCAAAUUGCGGAAAAGAAUCCCUAAAAAAAUAUUAAAAGUUGUAUUCGAAAAACCUUCGUUUACUUCGGUGUUUAUCAGAGAGAUUCUACAAGUAGAUUUUGUCCUGAAGUUCCACGAAAAUAUUCUCAAUCAGCAUGCUGUGUUGAAACUAAUCAACGAGGAUUAUAAAUUCGAUGUUGUGGUGGCAGAGUGGAUCUAUCCACUGGCAGGAGCAUUUGCUACUAGAUAUAACUGUCCGUUAGUUGGUAUGACCUCUCUUGGAGCCCCCUUGACUCUGUUAGAUACUGUAGGAAACCCAUCUCAUCCUAUUUAUGCACCUGAUCAUAACCUCCCAGUAGGAAGAGAACUCUCUCUUUAUGACAGAAUCCUGUCAACUUUAUAUGCAGUUUUCGCGAGGUCGUUAUACUACUGGUAUGGAGCCCCUAAGAUCGAUGCCAGCAUGAGAAAAUUUUUCGGUGAUGGUAUGCCUUAUAUUACUGAUAUUGCACGAAAUGUUAGUAUACUACUGUUAAACAGAAACCCAGUUUUCCAUAAAAUUAUGCCUGUUGUUCCUGCUAUUGUGGAACUAGGACGAGUUAGAUCUUUCCAGAAAGUCAAGCCGUUGAACCCAGAGUUGGAAAAAUUCCUGAACGAGAGCAAGAAUGGUGUUGUGUACUUCAGUUUGGGAACCAACACUUACAGUUGUGAACUUCCAGAAGAAAUUAGAGAAGUUUUGAUCAAAACUUUUGAGCAGUUACCUUACAAUGUUGUAUGGAAAUGGGAACUAGAUGAAUUACCAGGAAAGCCGAAAAAUGUUUUUGCCCAAAAUUGGAUAUCUCAAGCUGCACUAUUAGCUCAUCCAAACGUUAAACUCUUCAUCACUCAAGGCGGCCUACAAUCUAUGGAGGAGACUAUAAACCACCACGUACCCAUUAUUGGAAUACCAUUCCAUUCUGAUCAAACUAUGAAUGUGGACACUGCAGUUAAAUACGGUAUUGGUCUCGGAAUCGAAAUGGCUGAUAUGACCGUUGAGAACCUGAAGUCAGCCAUAUUUGAGAUAAUGAAAAAUCAAAGUUACGCUCAGAACACUGCUAAAAUUGAGGAUCUGAUGAAUGAUUCCCCUAUGGAGGGACUCGACAAAGCAAUUUGGUGGAUUGAAUACGUAAUAAGGCAUAAAGGUGCAAGACAUCUCCGAAGUCCUUCGUUAGAUAUACCAUGGUAUCAAUAUCUUCUCCUAGAUGUUAUCGCUUUUGUUGGAUUUGUGUUUAUUGUUUCUGUAUAUAUCUUAAUUAAAUCCAUCAAAAUUGGGAUUUACUGUAUUAAAAAACUUUAUGUUCGUCUAAAAAUAAAGAAAGAAUGAUAUUCCUAGUGAAAAUAA